UGUAAUGUGUAUUAUACGUAUAAAUAGUAUGAAACCCAAACCCGACGAAUUAUCCAAAAGUCAAAACCAGUCAAAACUGAGCACGACUGUACCUUUUAAUCUAACCAUGAAAAUUUUACAAAACAUACAAAAAUUAUUAUUUUGACCUUUGUAUAUUAGCAUUUCCAAAAAGUCAAAGUUGUUAUUAACAAGUACUAGUUAAGUAGUAAUCAUAAUUUAAUUAAAAACUUUAGAUUUGUGUUAUUCUAACGAGCAUCAAAGUAAUUAUAAUAACCGGAUAACAUUGAUGACAUUUUUUUUCAAUUGACCUAAAAGAUGAAUUUUAUACGUCGGUAUUUGGUGAAACAGAUUAACUUAAUUAAUUAUUGUUGAAAAUGUUCAAUCAAUAUCUAUUUUCACAACGAUCGAUUUUAUAAAUAAAGCUAGAUUGGUUACGAUAAAAUGAAUGACACUCUGUUGUGUUUUUUAGAGUAAAAAAAUAAAUAUUUACAUAUAAACAAAUAUACCUAUAUAUAUAUAUAUAUUCACGGAACACACCUAUUAUAUGAAGGAAAAAGUUGUUGGUCAAAUUGAGAUAAGAUUAAUUGAAUAUUAUUUUUUUAAAAACUGUUAAAGUAAAAUAAUGAGUUUUUUAGUUGCCAUUGAACCGAUAGUCUUUACAAAAUAUUUUAUUAAAUUCAUGUUACGUUAAAAUGGGUGCAAAUAUUUCACAACUCGAGAGGAACAUUGGUGCUGAUCAAUUUCCUCCGAAUGAACAUUAUUUUGGUUUAGUAAACUUUGGAAAUACCUGUUACAGUAACUCAGUUCUCCAAGCAUUGUAUUUUUGUAAACCAUUUAGGGAAAAAGUUUUAGAAUAUAAAGCAAGAAAUAAAAGAACCAAAGAAACAUUGUUGACAUGUCUCGCAGAUUUGUUUUACAGUAUUGCAACACAAAAAAAGAAAGUUGGAUCAAUUGCUCCAAAAAAAUUUAUUGCUAGAUUGAGAAAAGAAAAAGAGGAAUUUGACAACUAUAUGCAACAAGAUGCCCAUGAGUUUCUUAAUUUUCUCAUAAACCACAUCAAUGAAAUAAUUUUAGCUGAGAGAAGUCAGAGUAAACCAGGAACUGGAAAGGGUAGUGCAGCUGGUGGUGGUGGUGGUGAUUCAGUAAAUCCACCAGAACCAACUUGGGUCCAUGAAAUUUUUCAGGGUAUAUUAACAUCAGAAACUCGUUGCCUUAAUUGUGAGACUGUAUCGAGUAAAGAUGAAGAUUUUUUCGAUCUUCAAGUUGAUGUUGAUCAAAAUACAUCAAUAACUUACUGUCUCAAGUGUUUUUCAAAUACAGAAACACUAUGUAGUGAUAAUAAAUUUAAAUGUGAUCAUUGCAGUAGUUAUCAAGAAGCUCAAAAACGUAUGAGGCUUAAAAAAUUGCCAAUGAUUCUUGCCUUGCAUCUGAAAAGAUUCAAAUAUGUUGAACAAUAUAAUCGACACAUCAAAGUAUCACAUCGAGUUGUUUUUCCACUUGAGUUAAGACUCUUCAAUACUGUAAGCGACUCGGAUAAUGUGAGUGAUGAUGCAGUCAAUCCAGAUAGACUUUAUGAUUUAGUUGCUGUUGUGAUACAUUGUGGAAGUGGACCUAAUCGUGGACAUUAUAUUUCAAUUGUCAAAAGUCAUGGAUUUUGGCUACUGUUUGAUGAUGACGCUGUCGAUAAAAUUGAUGCAUCAAAUAUUGCUGAUUUUUAUGGACUCACAUCAGACAUUCACAAGACAUCCGAGACCGGUUAUAUAUUAUUUUAUCAAUCAAGAGAUUGCAAUCAAUAAGGUGAAAUAAAAAAAUAUAUUAAAUUUAUCAUCGGAAAUAUUUAAAAGAAAAGAUAAACCGUGAAAAUUGUGAGAAACCCAAAUGGCUUCCUUUUGUAACAAAUUUUAAUUUGUUGUUUUUGUUUUGUUUAAUUUUAUUUUUUUAUUUUCCUUCUUGCUACAAAAAGUUCAAAAAGAAAAGAAAAUUUAUUGUAUUUUUAUUUAUUUAAAUAAUCGUUUCCAAGACACUAGUCCAAGUUGAUGUGAUUGGAGCGAGUUGAAUGAUAAUCAUGAAUUACUUAUAUCUACA